GUGAUUUCUUCUGCAUUCUGUUGGAGCUCGCUGGUGUUGGAGUUCGAGACCACCUCCACAAAUAAGUACUUACUCCGUCGUCCUUGUCGAAUUCUAGAACUCUCGCCGUGUCCGUGUCCUUGACGUUGUCGUGCUCCUUGUGUACAAAAAUGAAGUAAUUGCGUUCUCAGAACCGCUCUCGCCAUCUAUGGUGGAGGUGGAAGGAACAUAGUCUCCGCUUCUCCACCACCUCCUGUGGUGGUGGAAGGUUUCGCCGUCGCGAGGGAAACAUGUCUCCUUUUCGCCUCAUCUGGCGGAUGGUUCUGGUUCAUCUGGUAUCUUCCCACCUCGCUGCUCAUUUCCCGGUAGCUGUGACCGCUGUCAAUUUGCAGCAGCACCUCUCCCUACACCGCGCGGCAAGUAGAGCGCAGAAGAAACUGCAGAAGACGAGGAACAUUUUUGCCAAUGAGAUCUACGACAUCGCGCAGGAUGGGUGCAGUUGCGGGUGCUGCAUCGUGACCGAAGUGCACCGGAAGUUGACUUGUCGCCGGAUCAAUUUGACCACUUUAGACCAGGCGAACAACGAAGACGGGGAGCCGACCGGUCAGUGCCAACAGGCCACUUGCACCGAAGUGAGCGCGGGGUCCUGGGCGACCACAACGGCCACGGACUACGACCAGUACUGCGCCAGCUACUGCAGCGUGCCGGCCGCUGGCGGAACGUCGAACGCGCAGCGGAUAUCCUGAGUAAAAACGUACCCACGCCAGAGUCAGGAUGGGGAUUUUGCAACACAAACCUAGGAGUUUUGUGAGUCACGCAUGACAAGUUGCGCUCUGCUGUGCUGUAGUGCAGGUUAGCAAGUGCAGCCGCAUCACAGAUUCAUCUGCUCAUCCUGUUCACAGCAUCACAAGUUCCAAAACACGAGUAGAAAUGGCUCUCAUGGGUAUGCGCAUUACAAGUCUUCCUGUCUUUCGAAAUCUGCAUUACAACUCUGGCGUGGGGACGUUUUUACUCAGGAUAGCGGACGCGGUUGAACAAUGCCUACAUCGAGGGAGGCAGUGGUAUAUGCUUAGAAAUCGUUGCGAGCGAAGAUUUUUGCUAGCAUCGGCUCGAUUAGCUUGUUCAAGAAGCUUCUUCAGCUUGCUUUUCGUCUUCUAGAAACUGAUGAACUCUUCAUGUUGCUCAUAUUCGAAGAUGCGUUCGUGUGACGUGCAUAGCUUUUGAUGUUCAAAUGAUAACCUCGUUUCCUCCAUUCUUAGUUUCUCCCGGCAACGGCGGAGCCACCCCGCAGGCCACGUGCAUCAACAAUGAGGACGCGCAAGAGGUUAACGAACUGCAGCACACGGGACUGAAAGCACCGGACUACAACGAUGCUGUGACGUACGCGGCGGAAGCGUUUGGGUUUCGGCGUUGAGACGUGAUGAAAUAGACUUCGAGUUCACGGAGAUGUUGAGGCGGGCACGGGUGCUAGUCCAAGCACCUUGGUAAUGUAAGUGUCCUUUUAAAGAAGGUGGAGAAAGAAGCGUUUUCUUUUCCAUGGACGAUGUAGCGCCAGUGCGCACGGAUGAACGAAAUAAGCUGUGUAUCGUGCUGUAGUUGCAGGAGCAGAUUGAAAAGCGAACAGAGCAGCACUGGUCUUGUCCACUGUCUCUACCACUUUCUCUAUAUAGAAUGAACCUGUUGAAUGAUGUGUUUUCUUGAGCUACCAUUGCCAGCGCAACGUGGCUGCAGUGAUGUAAGAAAGAAGAAUGCUAGUACAGAGUAAGUAAAGAAGAGGAACGAGCAGGACGAGGUGACGAGAGCACAUGAAUUUAAGUGAGAAAUGAACACGUUUCUGGCACCAUCUACUCUGCCACUCAUGGGCAGGCACAAAAUGGCGAUAGUUCUAGUUGCAUGUUGUGGUACUUGCUCUAGCGGGUCGUUUCCUUUUCCGUGUUCCGGAAAGGAAUCAGAUUCUGCUUCUUUGACAAACCAAUUUGCUGUUGCACGGAAUCCACGGCCUUCUAAAUGACCAUGAUAGGGACUGAGCGAACAUCAAAAA